AUGAACCACGGACGAGGAGCGCCCAGCGGCGGCCCCGCGAGUUCGCACCUCUUGAACUCGCUCCACCGCUGCGCCAUCGCGCUGUGCUCCAAUCAGGCCGUGGCCGAGGGCGUGUGCUCCAUGCACUUGUCCCGAACCGGACGCGAGAGCAGCGCGGGUGGCGCUGUCCUGGACAGUCGCGUGCUGAGUGCACGUGGCCCUCCGCCCUUCUCUGCCGGCAUCGACGAGGCGAUGGCCGAAGACCAGUACUACCACACCAGUGCGGCACCCGCUGCAUUGCAAUCGCAUGGUGGACCUGCUGUCAAGAAGCACAAGUCGUCGCCUGUCGAGCCUGUGAACCGCUUUGUGAUGGACAAUUCCGGCGGCGCUCUGACCCGCGAGAGUUUGAAGGAGAUGGUCCACCAGAUGCAGUACUCCAAGAACUCGGGCGUUUCGGCCUACGAAAAUGAUCCGUACGUGGCUGCGCAGACGUCGGGCAGCACAAACGGGUCGAAUCGCUCCGAGUCAGACGGGUCGCUGGACGAGACCAACUUGCGGCGCGAACGGAAUCGCAUUGCUGCCCGCAAGAGUCGCCAGCGCAAAUUGGACCGCAUCUCGAACCUCGAGGACGAAAAGAUGCGACUCGAGCAGCACCGUGACAUGCUCGUGCAGGAAAUUCGGAGUCUGGAAAAGAAGGAUGUCGGCACUGCUUCUAGUGUGGCGCUGACCAUCUCUGACAAAGAGCAGCAGCAGCUCCAGAACAAGCGUCUGCAUAUCAUCCAGUGCGUUGAGGAGGCAUAUAACUCGGGUGACAUUUUAUCGACGGUCAAAUUCUUCCGCGACGACUCGAUCGUCAGCGGUCCGCAGAACUCGUCAGUGCACUUGCGUGGAAAGGACGCUCUUGUGCUAGACUACCUAUGUACGACGUACUUGUUCGGGGAUGUCCGACUUCACCAUGCCAAGGUGGACUGCGGUGGUCCUCGCAGUCAGCACUUCCGCGUACACUGGACACUCUCGGGCACUAUCAAGAGUGCUGGUGUCUGUAUGAACAAGGAGUUCCUGGAGCUGAUUGAGAGCGUGAAGAGCCGCCGUGUGGACAUUGAGGGGGUGAGCAAUUUUUCGUUCAGUGGAGACAAAAUUGUGUACGUGCACCGCACGGCCGACCAGGCAAAGUUUCUCUCGGCGCUCGUCAACUUGAGUAAGCGGUAG